UCAAGAUGGCGGCGCCCAGCGAGGCCGAGGAGGUAGCGGCAGUUUACCUGGUGGUGAGCGGCAUCCCUUCUGAGCUGCGAUCCGCUCAACUGAGGAGCUACUUUAGCCAGUUCCGGGAACAGCGCAGCGGGGGUUUCCUCUGUUUCCACUACCGACAUCGGCCGGAGCGGGUCCCUCCCCAGGCCGGUACCGACUCUGUUCUAACUUCGACUCAAGCUUCCGCCCAGGUUGCAGCCACCGAUGGCUGCGCAGUUUCUACCCGGGAUUCCCUUCGGGUCCAGACCCAAACCCGCUGCUGCGUCGUCUCUGUUCGGGGGCUGGCUCAAGCCCAGAAAUUUCUUCGCAUGUACUCCGGCCGCCGGUGGCUGGAUUCUCAGGGCACUUGGCUCCCGGGUCGCUGUCUUAUCCGCAGACUUAGGCUUCCUACUGACACAGAAGGUUUGAACUCUUUUCCCUUUAAGACACGGAAGGAACUGCAGAGUCGGAAAUCUGAGAGUGAAGCCUUCACUCUGGCCGACCUAAGGCAGCUGCCAGAGCUGAACCCACCAGUGCUGAUGCCCAAUGGGAAUGUGGGGACCCCCCUGCGGGUCUUUUUGGACUUGAUCCGGACCUGCCGUCUCCCCCCUCGAAUCAUCACCCAGCUGCAGCUCCAGUUCCCAAAGACGGGUUCCUCUCGGCGCUACGGCAAUGUGCCCUUCCAGUAUGAGGACUCAGAGACUGUGGAGCAGGAGGAGCUUGUGUACACAGCAGAGGGCGAGGAAAUCCCCCAGGGAACCUGCCUGGUAGAUCCACCUGACCACGAAGAGCCUGAGGAGGAAGAGGAAAAGGAGGAGAAAGAGUCCCACUCAAGUGAUGAUGAUGACCGUGGUGAGGAGUGGGAGCGACAUGAGGCACUGCACGAAGAUGUGACAGGGCAGGAGCGGACAACUGAGCGGCUCUUCGAGGAGGAGAUCGAGCUCAAGUGGGAGAAGGGUGGCUCUGGACUGGUGUUCUACACUGAUGCCCAGUUCUGGCAGGAGGAAGAGGGAGACUUCGAUGAGCAGACAGCUGAUGACUGGGACGUGGACAUGAGUGUGUACUACGACAGAGAUGGUGGAGACAAGGACGCCCGAGACUCAGUCCAAAUGCGUCUGGAACAGAGGCUCCGUGAUGGCCAGGAAGCCGGCUCUGUCAUUGAACGCCAGGUGGGAACCUUUGAGCGCUACACUAAGGGCAUUGGGCGGAAGGUGAUGGAGCGGCAGGGCUGGACUGAGGGCCAGGGACUUGGAAGCAGGUGCUCGGGGGUGCCUGACGCCCUGGAUAGUGAUGGCCAGCACCCCAGAUGCAAGCGUGGAUUGGGGUACCAUGGGGAGAAACUGCAGCCAUUUGGGCAGCUGAAGAGACCCCGCGGAACUGGCUUGGGACUCAUCUCCACCAUCUACGAUGAUCCCCUACCCCAGGAUCAGGGCGAGUCACUCCUCCGCCGCCAGCCACCCACCAGCAUGAAGUUUCGGACAGUUUCAGCCUUUGUGAGGGGUUCCAGUUUGUCCUCAGAUCACCACCCCUCAGAACCUGAGUGAGGGCCAGGGUUUCACUGGCCAGGAUCACACAUAGCUGCUGGAUGGUGGGCCUCUGGGCAGGCCUUGCCCACUGCUGAAGCAGAAGAGAAUCUGGGAGCUACAAUUGGUGCAGCUUGCACAGAUUGCUUAGUUCUGUGCCUAUCAGUUCUCUACCUCAAGGACAUUUUAUUGAAAAGCCCCCUUCACUGGGUAUAAGGGCUUAAUGACCUCUCCCUAUCCCCGUUCGGGCUUGCCCUGUACUCGAAAAGCCGGACUGACCAGGGUCA